CAACAGCUGGACUUCGGCUUUCCCUCGUAAGUCGCAAGUAGUAGGAAAGUAGGAGACUCCUUUCUUUCAUCACUCAAGUCUCAGUCGCACCGCGCCAUAAACCCUUCACCCCGGCCACCGCCGCCGCUUCCCUCCAUCAGAGUCCACAGCAGAGGCUAUCACUCCUUCGCCUUCUCCGCCGCAGUUACAGUUCUCUCUGUUCUCCGGCGAAAUCCUCCGGCUGCCUUUGCUCGCUUCUUCCUCCCCCCACCACCUUCUUCUCCUUCGAUUAGCGGAAGGAACUUCGCCGGAGGUUACAUUGUGCUGUUCAUUGUUUAUCCACCAAUGGCUGCUACAUCGUCUUCCUUAUCUUCCUGCUUGUUGAGCGAUCAUGGAAUCGCUGCCGGUGAUCCUGCAAAGUGCUAUACCGCUAAGCAAGCAGUGUCUGCAAAGUCACUGUCUAUGUCAUCUAGGCUAAGACAUUCCAUGGAGGCUAGUAGGCUUUCGUCGACUACUACGAGAGGUCCAGCUCGCUGCUGCAGUGCCGUGGAGACGAAGAUCAGUCCUUUGUUCACAUUAGGGAAGAAGUUCCAUCUCGAUGAUGUGAUCGAGGCGCAGCAAUUUGAUAGAGAUACUCUCAAUGCUAUAUUUGAAGUUGCUAGGGAGAUGGAAGAGAUUGAGAUGAAUCCAUCUGGAAGCCAAAUUCUCAAGGGGUUUAUUAUGGCUACCCUUUUUUACGAGCCUUCUACUCGUACUCGGCUGUCUUUUGAAUGUGCGAUGAAGAGGCUCGGCGGGGAAGUUUUGACGACCGAGAAUGCCAGAGAGUUUUCUUCGGCUGCCAAGGGGGAGACACUUGAAGAUACGAUUCGAACGGUUGAAGGGUAUUCGGAUAUCAUUGUGCUGCGUCAUUUUGAAAGUGGUGCUACGAGGAGAGCAGCUGCAACAGCUAGCAUCCCCGUCAUUAAUGCAGGGGAUGGUCCUGGGCAGCAUCCUACCCAGGCCCUUUUGGAUAUUUACACUAUUGACAGAGAGAUCGGCAAAUUGGAUGGUAUCAAAGUGGCACUUGUGGGAGAUCUUGCUAAUGGAAGGACAGUUCGAUCACUUGCAUAUUUACUUGCAAAAUAUAAAGACGUGAAGAUCUAUUUUGUCUCCCCUGAGGUGGUGAAGAUGAAGGUAACAGAACCAUUGAUGUCACUGAACGAGAAAGUGAUUUGGAAACACUUCACAGUAUUAAAUAGGUAGAAUGAUUGAUCUCUGGAUUUUUGUUGUCUGGACCUGAAAACCCUACUCAGGACGACAUAAAGGAUUAUCUAACAUCCGAGGGGGUAGAAUGGGAAGAGAGCGCCGACUUAAUCGACGUGGCAUCCAAAUGUGACGUCGUGUAUCAAACUCGAAUUCAGAAAGAACGCUUUGGAGAGAGAACUGAUCUCUAUGAAGAAGCUCGUGGGAAGUAUAUAGUAGACAGUGAUGUGCUGGAUGUGAUGCAGAAGCAUGCUGUUGUCAUGCACCCUCUCCCACGGCUUGACGAGAUAACUGUGGAUGUCGAUUUGGAUCCUAGAGCUGCGUAUUUCAGACAAGCCAAGAACGGGCUCUAUAUUCGUAUGGCUCUUCUGAAGCUUCUACUGGUUGGCUGGUGAACAUUGAUUGCCUGUGGUGUCUUACUGAGUCGGAUUCCUUGGAAAAUUCUGUUGCAUUUCGUUUGCCUGAUCUGGUUUUGUAGAGGAAUUUGAUGGAACCAGUAGUUCUUUCAGUUUUGUUCCUUUAUUUAUAGAUAACAUCUUGAGUGUUUUAAGGUGAAUCAAAUUAUUGGAACGCUUUAAUUCUUCAUAGAUAACAUCUCAAACAUU